AUGGGGGUGGGCAACAUAGGCUCCUUUGUGGCACACUCACUAGCCUCACGCUCUGCCGCCGACCGAGCCCGCCUGACUCUCCUCUUCCACCAUCCGGCCUUCUACAAGGACUGGAACCGCUUCGGCCGCGUAAUGGCAGUGAAGCGGCACGGUAUACCGGAGCAGCGAUCAGGAUUCUGCAUCAACGUGCUCCAGGACGAGGCGUGGUACUACCCGUCGGAAAUCGCGGAUGCGCCGCCGGAGCUGGUGAAGGAGGAGCUUGCCCUUCGAGAGGGAGAGCAGGUGGAUGGCAGCGGCCAGCACGUACCAGCCGACGAGGAGUGGAUCGAGCAUUUGAUUGUCACCGUGAAGACGACACAGGUUGAGAAGGCGCUGUUGUCGGUACGGCAUCGACUUUCGCCUGACUCGUCUGUGCUGUUCCUCACCAACGGGCUGGGGGUGCUGGAGGAAGUGAAUGAGAAGAUAUGGCCGGAGGAGAAGCAGAGGCCCAACUAUUUAUUUGGAAUCACGACCCACGGGCUGUACAAGUCGGGCCUGUUUGAGACGACGCAUGCCGGAGUGGGCACGACGACUAUCGGCGUGGUUCGACAGUCUCAUCAAGAAGACACUGAGGAUAAUACAAGCCUCGCACCGUCAACGGCCUACCUGCUCAAGGCACUGACAGGAGCCCCCGAGCUGGCCUGCAUAUCGACCAACGCGACAGACCUGCUGCUGCUACAGCUGGAGAAGCUGGCGGUAAACUGCGUGAUCAACCCGCUGACGGUGCUGAUGGACUGCAAGAACGGCGAGCUGCUGUACAACUACAACCUGACGCGGGUGCAGCGACUGCUCCUGAUCGAAGUCAGCGCGGUGAUCUGCGCGCUGCCUGAGCUGCAGGGGGUUCCGGGACUCCAGGUGCGGUUCUCGCCUGAACGGCUGCGCACGCUUGCGGUGGGGGUGGCAGGGCGGACGGCGGAGAACACGAGCUCGAUGCUGCAGGACGCGAGGCUGGGCAAGGAGAGCGAGAUCGAGUAUAUGAAUGGGUACAUCGUCCGGAGGGGAGAGGAGGUGGGCGUGAGGUGUGCGCUGAACUAUAUGGUCGUGCAGCUGGCGCAGGCCAAGUCGAGGAUAUCAGGCCGCAAGAAGGCAGACGAAGUUCCUUUCGACCUCUCACGGCUGUAA